GAUCCUUAGAAAACCACUCUAAUCGCCUUUGAAACAGGAAAAGAAGAUGGAGUUGGACAGGAUAAGCAACUUAGAAAAUGAUAUUACACAGAAAAUUUUCUCAUAUUUGUCCAUCAAGGAGGCAACGAGGACCAGUGUUCUAUCGAAAAACUGGAGGCACAAAUGGAUUGUGCCUCCAUGUCUUGUGUUUGAUGAUGAAAAUGGCCUCUCCACUGAGACAAUCGUAUCUCAUGUUCUUUUACUUCAUAAUGGCCCAAUAGACAGUUUCAAGCUUUCUAGUCGAAAAGAUCUCGACCCUAAUGAUAUUGAUCAAUGGAUUCAUUAUUUAUCAAUAAACUCUAUCAAAGAGAUUAUAGUGAAAAAAAGGAAUAGGUAUUCAUUAUCCUACAGUAUCUCUUCCAAUUUGUUUUCUUGUCAAGAUUUGACUCAUUUAGAGUUGUACAAUUGUUUGCUGAAACCCCCAUCGACAUUAAAAGGCUUUGGGAUGUUGAAGAGCCUUCAUAUUCGCAGAGUUACCGUGACCCGAGACGUGUUAGAAGAAGUGAUUUCUCACAGUCCUCUGCUUGAGAAAAUAAUUUUAUGCAAACUUGGUAUCAGACAUCUCAAGAUUGAUGCACCAAAUGUUAGUUUUCUUGAACUUCGAGGUGGUUUUGAGGAUGUUGAACUUGAGAAUACCAUAAAUCUUGUUGAAGUUUCAAUUGACCAAAAACGGGGUUCUACCAAUUCUAGCUCAUUGCUCAAAUUUUUCUUUAAGCUUCCUCGCAUCGAGAGGCUCACACUCGAGGAUAGCUUUUUAGAGUGUGCUAAUGGUUCCUUGCCGAAGAAGUUGCCUGAACCAUGUCUAUGCCUGAACUUUCUUUCUAUAAGCAUACGCUUGAAUAAUCUGGAGGAUAUUUCAACUGCCAUGUGCCUUCUGAGGAGCUCACCUGCUCUACAAGAAUUAGAAAUUUCGGUUCAACAAGACCAACAUGUGGCUGAUGCCGCAGAAGUAACCGGUUGGUUAAAUGACAAGCAGAAUCGGCCAUGCACUCAACUGCGAAUUUUGAAAGUAACUGGCUUCUCAUGUGUCAAAGCCGAAAUGGACUUCAUCGUAUUUCUGCUUUUAGGCUCCCCUGCUCUUCAACAACUAGAAAUUUCGUUUGGGCGGAAAGCUGUUGAAGUUGUGGACUUUUCUUGGAUAUAUGACAAUCAGAAUAAUGGUGCAUUCAUGCAACUGCGACUUGUGAAAGUAACCGGAUUAUCUGGUAAUAAAGCUCAAGCGAAUUUCAUCAGAUUUCUUCUUUCAAGUACUUCAACUACGCUUGAGAGGUUGACUCUUCAACCUGCAGCUUCUGCCAAAGAACUUUGGGAAUUAUUUAAAUUGUUAGGCGAGUUCAUCAACCGCGUCUCAGUACCUGCAGACUUGGAGUUCUUGGACCCAUCAAAUAGUGUGCAGGAGUCUGAUGACUCGUCGUCUUCUUCCGAUUCUGAAGAUGAUAUUGGUUUUUGAUGUUCGAGCAUUUGCUGAUGGCUAGGUGUGAUUUACACAAGAUGAUAUAUAUAGUCCUGUCACAGGUUCUGUUUGAGAAACUCUGCAGGAGCUCAGAUGUGUAAUUUAUGUUUUGCAAUGCUUAAGAUUGGGUGAUACAUUCAUGUCAAAUGAUCAGUAUACUUCUUAUAGAUGUGUGCUUGUCGUUGCCUCG